AUGGCUCUCCACAAUUAUAUUAGAAUGAAUGCUAUUUACGACGAGGAGUUUCAAAGGUGUGAUGAAGAUCCAAACUAUCCGGUUGAAGUUGGAGAUUAUGGAAGUCAAGGAGAAAGAAGAAAUGAAAGCACUAUUCCAGAUGAUAGAUUCAUGAACUCUGUUCGUGAUUCAAUUGCUGCAUCACUCAGGAAUCAUAGAUGA